AUGGAGGAAGACAAUGGCAUCCAUCAGGCUAUCAGUGCCUUUUUCAUAGGCCCCCAUGCAGAGAAUAUGUACUUUUUCAGGAAACAUAUCACAGUCAUUCUCGAUGAGCUGGAGAGCGCUCGACAGAGUUAUGCUCCAAAUGACAAAAGAGCAAUCACAACCAAGACACAAGUGUCUCCUCAGUUCGCGUACUUCUCAUCGGGCAUCUCCGAAGCCAUUCGUUCUGCAACCAAGCUGCUAUCCAAGCACUCCAUCCCCUACUGGUCUCCUCGAUAUGGUGCUCACAUGUGCAGCGAUCUCAGCAUCCCAGCACUGCUCGGCUACUUCAUGGGCAUGAUGUAUAAUCCAAAUAACAUAACCCCUGAAGUAAGUCCCUUGACAACUGCCGUCGAGGUGGAAGUAGGGAAUCAGUUCUGCCAGCUGUUCGGGUAUAACGUGGGCCAUGGCAAAGAUGCAGCGGUGACAGGAUGGGGUCACAUCACUUGUGACGGGACGGUGGCUAAUAUUGAAGCUAUGUGGGUUGCGAGAAAUCUCAAGCACUAUCCAUUGACGCUGUGGCUUGCCAUUGCGGAGGGCGAACUUGCUUUCAUCGCAGGUCAGUUUCUGGUUGAGACAUGUGUCGGGACGAAGAGGUUGUUCCGGGAUAUGGAUACCUGGGAACUACUCAACCUGCGACCUGAGGUUGUCUUGGAUCUUCCUGCUAUGCUGCAUCGUACGUUCGGCAUCUCCCAGCGGUUCCUAGAUACAGCCUUGGCAAAGUAUAGCGUGCAGAAUGCGGGAAAAGAAGUCUUGGAUAAGCGAUUUGGGAUUGAUAAGCAGAUGCAGUUUAUCUUGGGGAAGACGAAUCAUUACUCGUGGGGAAAAGGCGGCGGAAUCCUCGGGAUCGGAGCAAACAACGUCGUUGGCGUUGACGUCGACCUAACAGGCAGAAUUGAUCUCGAGCUCCUCAAAGCGCAUCUUCAGGAGCGCCUGGACAACAAACAAGCCAUCUACGCCGUCGUCGCAACAGUCGGAUCCACAGAAGUAGGCGCAGUCGAUAAGCUGGCCAGUAUACUAACAUUGAGACGUGAAUUCCAAGCCCAAGGAUUGUCUUUCCUUGUUCUCGCCGACGCAGCCUGGGGUGGAUACUUCGCCACGAUGCUGCCGCGCGACCAGACAAAUCUACCUAUAACUUCUGCCAAAGCUGCUCGACUAGGAAAGACAGAUGAGCAGGUUCCUCAUGCAAUGAAGCUCAGUGCAGACACGGAAGCAUCGCUGGCUGCCCUUCGGUUCGCGGACUCGAUUACCGUCGAUCCUCAUAAAGCGGGUUAUGUGCCCUAUCCGGCGGGAGGCGUGGUGUAUCGUGAUAAGAGAAUGGGAGGUCUGGUGUCAUGCACGGGGCCAUAUCUGGCACGGGGUUCCACAGGGAGUAUGGGAGUGAAUGGUUUGCAGGGGAGUAAACCUGGCGCGGCUACCAUGUCAGUUUGGCUUUCUAAUCACUGCAUCGGACUGAAUGCGUCUGGAUAUGGGGCUCUUCUGGCCGAAAUGGCCGCUCACUGGGUAACUCUCGCUUCCGAGAACGACUCCUUUAUCUGCGUCCCAUUCAACAGACUUCCGAAAGACAUAGGUUGGAUUUGGAACAUGAUUCUUCACAGAUCUUAUUCAGACAUCUUGAAAUACGACGCUAUCAGGCCUGAUGAGAAGAAAAUUAUGCCUGUUCUGCGGAACCUGGGCUCGGAUCUUAAUAUAAAUGCCGUCGCAUUGAAUUGGCGAUAUCAGGACGAAAGACUGAACACAGAUGCCGAGGAAGCAAAUAAUCUAAUGAGAAGAGUGGUCAAGAGACUAUCUAUCGAUUUGCCGAAUGCUGACCCUGCCAAAGUACCGUUUUAUCUGACAUCGACUGAGUUCUCGGUCGGCAGGUAUGGAAAAUGUCUAGCAUCUUACAAGAAGAGACUCGGCUUGGAGGAGUCAGAUAACAGCUUGAUCGUUCUCAGGAAUACCGUCAUGAACCCAUUUAUGGGACUCAGCGAGUGUUUCAAGACGAUAAUGAAUGAGUUUCGAAAGGUCGUCGAGGAGGAAGUCGCAAUCUGUCGCGACCGCAACACCUUAAACGCUGACCGUCAUGAUUUCUAUCUUCACGGCACCGGCACAGAGGUAUACUUGGUUAGUCGACCUUGCUUCCGCAAGGCAAACCAUAGACAUCAGGUCAUUUUCGCAACCACCCUACCAGCACCGAUUAGGACGGUCUAUGAAGCCACAAAGACAAAUAACCCGUUGACUACAUGCUCUGUGAGAGCACGAUUUGAGUCUUCCAUAGAUCACACCAUUGCUUCCCUCAAAGCGAAUGGCCGAGUGACGAUCACGGACGCGAUUUAUGAAGAUCGGAUCAACCCAUCAACUCCCUUCCCCCGCCCCCUCACCCUCUCCCGUACCAUCGCCCAUCACUCCCUCUCCCGCAGCCACCAAGACGCAAUCUACCCCGACGAAAUGCCCUUCUACCUCUACGGCAACCCAUCGCAAUCCCAAUGGAACAUCUCGCACAUCAUAGUCCGAGCACCUAACAUCGUCCUCAACGCUCACAGCGUCCACCUCGAUCUAGACACCCCCGAGAACCCUCCCGCUACCGACCUAAUCGUUACCUUCGCUGAGAUUCACGAGGCAUCGCGGCAGCCGUUCCCGGAUAGGAAUGAGGAUUUGUCGGGGGAUUUCUUUUCUCGACCCGGGGAGCGGUUCAGGGUGAAUGUGUGGAGGGAUCCGGGGGGUUGGGGAGAGGGUAGAGGGUCGUUGAUGGAGCGGUUGAGGGGUGUGGAGGGGGGGAAGGUUGCGAUGGGGUGGUUGCGGUUAGGGGAGGAUGUUUUUGUGGAUGUGGAGGAGGUUAAUGGAGAUGAUGAGGUGAAGGACUCAGGUGGUGGGGACGAGGGAAAUUGGUUGGAUGAGUUUGAAUUGAUGGGGAAGAAUUAA